AUGGAGAAAUACUAUGCUAAAAAGAGAAGUGCCAAAACUAUAGAGAGCCGGGUUGAGCAAAAAAGACCAUGGAUUGAACUUGAUAUGAGAGAUAUAGUUGCUGAUCUAGGAGACAGGAAGCCAUUUGAUGAUUUUCAUCAUGACAUUAGGGAUGAGGCAAGGAGAGCAUAUCUACAAAUAGGUCCAUAUAGGCCAGCUGAUCAUAAGUUUCAAAAAACAGAAAAAGAUGGUAAAGGCCAAACAAGAGGAUUUGUUGGAUCAUGGUUUGAUCAAUUUGAUUGGUUAGAGUACAGUGUAGCCAAGGAUGUAGCUUAUUGCUUUUAUUUCUAUCUCUUUAAGCCACAACAAGCUGGGUUUCAUAGUAAUGAUACAUUCACCAAAGUUGGGUUUAGAAAUUGGAAGAAUGCAAAUGAUUCUUUCAAGGAGCAUGCUCAAUCAAUUGAUGGCUUUCAUAGUAAUGCAAGAAAGCGUGCACUUGAUUUCAAAAAUCAGAGGCAAAGUGUUGAACAUGUUUGUCAAUGA